CGGGUGCGAAUUACAUCGCAUGCCUGUACACAGUACUUGUUUUGAUUUAUGUCACAAGUGGAUUUUUUAUCUAAGAUUACAAAAUAAACUACUGUAUUACUCCCCUCUUUUCCUUUUCUCUUUCUACUAUUUCUAUCUCUAUCACCCUCUCUUUCUUUCUCUAUAUCUCUCCCUUCACACUCUCUCUCUUUCUCUCUCCUUCUUUCUGACUCUCGACGAUAUUAAUUUUGCGCCACGGCAGGAUACGACAGUCCACAAAGCGGAAAAUAUGUGUAUCCGACAGAUACACGCGGGACUCGGACGUUAUUUUGCGCUACAAAACCUCCGGCGAAUAUUCCGUGUUUAUUCGCCCCCGAGGGGGAACCAUUAUUGACGCGACGUCGUCGGCAGGAUUAAUAACGUUCUCUCGCCCAGGAGCUCGGCAAAAAAAACGAAGGACUCCGGAGAUACUUAAGGGGGCCUUCGGAGAAAUUGCGAAUUAUGCGCCGUCUGAUCGCGGAAUAUAAAUGAACGGGCCCUCAGUCAUACAUUCGCCAACUACCCGAUUAUCGUGCUCUCGGGGAUAGAAAAAGGGGAAAGAGGAGAGGAAGAAAACGGAAGGCAAGAAACGAGAAUAUAAUCUGGGAAUAUUCUAGCUGCGCAUUGCCUUUGACAUAAUAUCGGGAAAACUUUUAAUUGCGCCGCCGAAAAGUAUCGUGGAAAACGGGAUUCGCGAAAGUCUCGGCGGGAGCGGGAUCUCUCUCUCUCUUUCUCUCUACUUCGUCGAAUAUCUCGACAAAUAAACGCAAAAUCGGAUUCUUCGGCGAAUACAAAGCCUCGCCUCGUUAGGGAAACUUUUCUCCCUCCAACUAAGGCGUGUCAAAGGGACGACCUCCAAGAGGCUGAAGGACGGAGGGGAGAAGGUCGCAUCAAGUCGAUAUUCCCGUCGAGAUAAUAAGACGUACGUUUUGCGGAGAGAGAGAGAGAGAAAGCUCUACUUAUGAUCUCGCUUUCAUCCGAAACUCAGGACCGUUUCCGUGUCGAGACGGCUCGCAUGACUAAUGAAUCCGCUCCUGAAGGCGGCCAAGGCGCGCGCGAGCUUUCAGAGAACGAAAUCCGUGAGCAAAGAAGCGAGAGAAUGGGAGAAACGGUUGUGCCGAGGGUUGGCAACGUCAACAUUAAUACUCUUCCAGCCCUUAUACCUUCCAGCUGUCCGCCCACGCGACGAAUUAAUGUUUUCGCAGAUACGGGCCAUUGAUUUUACGUCAAAUAUGGUUACCUGGGGUUCGGCUACCUUGCGGACCUGCGCCGACAUUCGACUCCGAUGUCUGUUCUCGCACAUGUAACCGCGUUAAACCGCCUACGCCUACUCCGGUUAAAUUUGGACAACGUAACUACGCGCGUUUGACUGGAAGCGGUUUGACCUCGAUCAAACAAAUUCCCGCCAACAGACGGCGAUCGAGUGAAAUGGCUGAGGAGCAGCCGAGGUACAAAUUGAUCUACUUCAAUGCGCGAGGUCGGGCCGAGCACAUUCGCUACAUAUUCGCCUACGCGGGAAUCGACUACGUCGACGAGAGGAUCACCAACGACCGCUGGCCCGAGCUCAAGAAGUCGAUGCCUUACGGGAUGCUGCCGGUACUGGAGAUAGACGGCAAGCCAAUAGCGCAGAGCAACGCCGUGGCGCGUUACCUGGCUCGCGAGCACAAUCUCGCAGGCAAGGACGAAUGGGAAUCGAUGCUGUGCGACGUGCUGGUCGAUACUUUGGGGGACUUGAAGCAAUUUAUUUUUCAAUAUCGCACGGAGGAGGAUCUCUUUAAGAAGGAGGAGAAGAAGGUGAAGCUUCUAAAGGAAACAAUACCGUUCUACCUAAAUAAGUUCGAACAGACUGUCGCUGAGAACGGCGGUUACGCGGUGGGUUCUACGACCACGUGGGCGGACUUCGUGUUCACGGUGGCGUUGGAAAACUUCGAGAAUAUUUUCGGCGCGACAGCGUUGGACAACUACCCGGCGUUACGCGACCUGAAGAAACGAGUGCACGAAAUUCCCGCUAUCGCCGACUGGCUGGCCAGGCGACCCCAUUCGGAGUUCUGAAAUGUCGUCACCACGAAAAACGACGGGAGGGACGCAUCGACAUCAAAAAAAAGUACAUAUCUGCACUCCUCCGGCUCAUUAUCCCGCAUUCCCGUGGCAACGGCAACGAGUGAAACGUGUCUCGCGCGUUUCCCGAGGAAAGAUUCACAUUAUUACCCGUACUUUGCACCCUCGCUCAGAUAAAACUGCAAAUAUCUCGCUUGCGACUCGGCAUUAAAAGAAAGAGGAUUUUAAAAGGUACACUGCGUCGUAAAACUCAUUUCUGCCUCGUUAUAAGUUUGACACGUUUACGUCCCGCGCACGACAAUACACCGCGGAAAUCUAUAUAGCACCUCUCUCUUCCACCAUCACCCCUCCUCCCCGCAGAGAAUUUCUCGUUAAGUUCACUUUUGUGAGGAUGAGAAAAAGAGAGAGAGAGAAAGAGAGAGAGAGAGAGAGCAGAGGAAAGGAAGGAGAAAGCAAAGGAACGAUCGCUUUUACCACCCCGACCAUCUUAGAAAAGCAAUUUUAACGCACACGUGAGCCGCAAAUCUCCGCGCCUCGCUGAUCGAUCUCGGUCUGCUUACGACUCAAUUUGUUUUCGCAUUGCUGGUGAUUGUACGGAAGAAAAUCAAAGGAAUUAAACUUAAGGGACUGCUGUCGAAUGUCGAGAGUGUAACGAAGCUUAUAUUCAAUGUGUUCAUCAUCGUGCAUCGUGCGUGUAUACGUGUAUGCGUGAGCGGUGCAUUGCUACGUACGAUUUCCAUUGCGCGCGCGUCGAUAGAGAAUGUCGAGAUUAAAUGUAACGAGAUAAGUGCGUCGGGAACGAAUCCCGUAUCUCGCGAUGUAAUCAAUACACUUGUUCCUUACACAGAGGCGGAUAAACCGCUCCGCUGGUUCCCUAUUUUCCCUCUAUUUUGUUUUCAACGAAAUCAAAUCGAAUCGGAGCGUGGCGACCGGAGUACGAUACAAUAAACAGGGUAACAUUAAACGCGCGAAAGGCAGAAAAAAAAUAUAUAUAUAUCGAACGAGAUGAGAUCUUAUCGUAAUAAACAAUACGAAAAAAAUUGAAUUUGUAUAUCACGAUGAUAAACAUUCGUUUUUGUCGCGACGAAGAAGAGAGAGAGGAAGAAAGAGAGAACGAGAGCGCGUAUAGUAACUUGAUAAACGUACCGAGUAAGAUUUUAGUAGCAACGCACCGUAUCAAACGUGAUAUCGAGCGGAAAGAUGUGCUUUUACCGUAUAAAUUCAUUGUUAGAAAAGAGAAAUGUCAGGCAAAUAACAGCGGACUUUCUAAAAAUGCGCCGCGAUACAGAGAUAAUAACGAGCUUUGCGAGCUUUCAUUGACGCUUCAUUGAAGAACGUACUCGAUGUACGGUAACACAGUCAAUUGUAAUUAUCAAACAAGAUAGAGAGAGAAGGGAGAAUUAGGAGAGAAAAAUAUUAUAUAUAUAAUUAUAUAUGUCUAAGCGCGGAUGUGUAUGUGCUACGUUGUAUGUAAUAUUAAGUGUAACGUUAAGUGUUGAGAUUAUAGAUGUAAUAUAAAUGUUAUUGUGGUUAUAAGAGAUGGUAUGACUGAUAAUAAUAACGUGACACGAA